AAAGUAACAAGAAAGAAAUUGACCAAGGUGAAGGUGAAGGCGAAGGUGUGAGUCUGAGAGGUGAGUGGUGACUCAGUGCCUCUUGUUUGACCAAGCAUUCUAUUCCAAUUUCUAAGCACGUCGACAUGCAACGUUUUGCAAGUUGGGUCGGGGAUAUAAAUGUUUUGUCUUUAUAGAGGAGCGAGGACGAGGAGCGGGUGGGGAGCCAAACGGCGCGUAUUGAUUGUUGGACUUGGAAGAAUUCCAUGGAAGGGAAGAGGGAGAAGGCAAGGCAAGGCUCGGCUCGGCUCGCAAUAAAAUGUUAAAAAACUCUGGUUUUCAGCAUUGCUUGUGAUCUCAGCGAAACAAAACAUAUGUGUUGGGGGAAAUUAAAAAUACUAAUACUAAUUCGAAAUUUAUUUAAAGGGUUUGGAUUUGGAAUGGAUAGGAAAAACUGAUUGAAAGAAUUGAGGAAAUGACGGGGGCAGGAGAAUACAGCGAUCAGAGGCAUCUGCUGAGAUCCAACAGCCGUAAGGAUGAAGAUGACGAUGACGAUAACGACUACGACGACGACUUGGAAUCUCAGAUGAGCAACAACCACAACAACGCCUUUAAAGAUCUGUUCAAGCAUUUGGACAGGGGCUUCUCCGCCAGGCGCAUCAGCUUCAAACGACUCGAUAGAGACAGAGACCGCUCCUCACCGUCCUCCAUAGAUCAUCACCACAACCACCAUGCUUACGUUAUGGAUGCCGCUGAUGCGCUGGGAGAUAGCGCCCCUCCCGAAUGGGCCUUGCUGCUUAUCAGUUGCUUGCUUGGAGUCGCCUCCGGUCUCUUUGUGGCUGCCUUCAACAAAGGAGUUCACGUCAUACAUGAAUGGGCAUGGGCUGGGACUCCAGUUGAGGGUGCUGCAUGGCUUCGUUUACAGAGACUGGCUGACACUUGGCAUCGAAUUCUUUUGAUACCAGUCACCGGUGGGGUCAUUGUUGGAAUGAUGCAUGGUUUACUUGAUAUAUUGAACCAAAUAAGGCAAUCCAGUUCUUCUCAACAACAAGGUGUCGAUUUGGUUGCUGGGGUCUUCCCCACAAUAAAGGCUAUCCAGGCUGCCGUAACUUUAGGUACUGGUUGUUCUUUGGGUACUGAAGGCCCCAGUGUAGAUAUUGGAAAAUCACUUGCCAAUGGAUUCUCACUAAUGAUGGAAAACAACAGAGAAAGGAAGAUUGCUCUUGUGGCAGCUGGAGCAGCGACUGGGAUUGCUUCAGGUUUUAAUGCUGCUGUUGCCGGUUGCUUCUUUGCUAUUGAAACUGUGGUAAGACCUCUCCGUGCUGAAAACUCACCUCCAUUUACAACUGCGAUGAUAAUUUUGGCCUCCGUUAUCUCGUCUACCGUAUCAAAUGCUUUACUUGGGACAGAAUCAGCUUUCACUGUGCCAUCAUAUGAUUUGAAAUCUGCUUCUGAGCUACCUUUGUACCUGAUUUUGGGAAUGCUUUGUGGUGUUGUAAGUGUAGUCUUCACUCGAUUGGUUUCUUGGUUCACAAAGGCAUUUGAGUUUAUCAAGGAGAAAUUUGGACUUCCUUCUGUAAUCUGUCCUGCUUUAGGUGGUCUAGGAGCAGGAAUAAUAGCUCUUAAGUAUCCUGGAAUACUAUAUUGGGGCUUUACAAAUGUCAAUGAAAUCCUACACACUGGGAAGACAGCAUCAGCUCCUGGAAUCUGGUUGCUAGCCCAGUUAGCAGCAGCCAAAGUUGUAGCCACUGCUUUGUGUAAGGGGUCUGGGCUUGUAGGUGGCCUUUAUGCACCAAGUUUGAUGAUUGGUGCUGCUGUUGGUGCUGUAUUUGGAGGUUCAGCUGCCGAACUUAUUAAUUCAGCUAUUCCAGGAAAUGCUGCCGUUGCACAGCCACAAGCAUAUGCACUGGUUGGAAUGGCUGCCACAUUAGCUUCAGUUUGUUCAGUACCCCUAACUUCAGUUCUGCUUCUCUUUGAGCUGACAAAAGAUUACAGGAUAUUACUUCCUCUCAUGGGUGCUGUUGGAUUAGCCAUAUGGGUUCCUUCUGUGACUAACCAGAACAAGGAGCCUGAAGUAUCUGAUACAAGGAAUAUAGCAAGAGGAUAUUCUUCUGUUACUGCUGCUGAGGAACUCUCUGUCAUAGAAAAGGUUGCUGACAAUGAAGUCGUAGAUGAAGAUACGCUUCUUGAAGAUCUUAGGGUUUCUAGGGCCAUGUCAAAGAAGUAUGUAAAGGUGUCAAUGGCUGUUACUUUAAAAGAAGCAAUGAAAUGCAUGCAUGACAGCCAUCAGAAUUGUGUGCUUGUUGUUGAUGAAGAUGACUUUCUGGAGGGGAUUCUCACGUAUGGUGACGUUAGACGGUGCCUGUCUAAGAAGCCUAAAGAUGUCUCCAAUGGUGAUUCAACAGCUCUGGAUGUGAAUAAAUGUCUCGUUUCCUCUGUCUGCACUCGAGGGAUAAGUUACUGUGGGCAAGAGCGUGGACUUUUAACCUGUUAUCCGGACACGGACUUGGCAAUCGCCAGGAAGUUGAUGGAGGCCAAGGGGAUAAAGCAAUUGCCAGUGGUGAAACGUAGGGGAGAACCCCACAAGGGAAGGAAGCGAAGAAUUGUUGCUGUUCUUCAUUACGAAUCAAUUUCGAACUGUCUCAGAGAGGAGAUAAAUCAUAGGAAAUCAGUCCAUCAGCAUAGGAAAGAGAACAAUCUGGAGGAGAUGGCAAAUGGCCUUUAAUGUAGCGAAGCAGCUGAUUGUCAAAUUUUUAGCUUCUCGGCCUGCUGCUACAUACUGCAACUUAGAAGAGAGACCAAGGAAGUUGGUUACGCCUACUUUAGAAUUGGGACUCCAAGUCACGCUUUGAGUCGGGAUUACUCCAUAUAGGAUUACCACAGCUUCUGCUGAGCUGAUAUACCUGAGGUUUGUUGAUGUAAUUUAGAGAAAAAUGCCUUGUACAUGUACUUUUACAGUUAUAUAGUUCAAUAUUAGAGGAAAAAGAUAGUGCAAAUCAGUAGGCAAAUCAUUUUUUUUUUGUUUCUCUUUUUCCAAUAUCAGAGAAGGAAAUGGUGUGGUCAUUGAGGUGGAAUCAGAUGGAUAGAGCUUGGCUCAAUUAUAUUCAUCAUGUGAUGAACUUAAUUGUAAGAAAUUUUGUGAUACCAUUGAUUUGUAAGAUGUUUACAUGAAAUGCUCAUAAAUGUUGGUCUUGGGUAUA